CUUUAAAACUUGCUGGGGUUAAUGGAGUAUGGUUAUUAUCAAUCAUGAGAAGAUACGCUGGCGUUUACACUGAAUGUGUUUCCAGAUCCAGAUUAGAACCGGAGCAGAUCAGUCACAACAAACAGCAGAGAGAUGGAGAGGAGAACAACGAUAAACCGGUCUCAGACAGUAAUGUGGAUCUGUGGGAGGACAACAGAGUUGAGGAGGAUCUUUCACCAGAGGAAAUACAGAUGUUCGAGCAGGAGAAUAAGAGGUUGGUUGGGGAGAUGAACAGUCUGCUGGAUGAAGUCAGGCACAUUGAAGGGAAGGUUGUGGAAAUCUCUCGUCUGCAGGAAAUCUUCUCUGAGAAAGUCCUGCAGCAGGAGACGGAGAUCGACAACAUUCAUCAGCUGGUUGUUGGUGCAACAGAAAAUGUGAAAGAAGGAAAUGAAGAUAUUAGAGAGGCGAUCAAGAAUAACGCUGGGUUCCGUGUCUGGAUUCUGUUCUUCCUGGUCAUGUGUUCGUUUUCACUGCUGUUUCUGGACUGGUACGACGGAUGAACCACAGACCGGACCUGUGUGUGUGUGUGUGUGUGUGUGUGUGUGUAAGUGAGAGAGAGAGAGUGUGUGUGUGUGUGUGUGAGAGAGAGUGUGUGUGUGUGUGAGAGAGAGAGA